AUGACAGUCAAAAGGACUCARAUGGAGUUCUUUACACAGAACCAGACUUUCUCCUCUUCCCAGGAAGACACACCGUACACCCUAGGUGGUGCUUCUCCCACCUUCACUACACAGGUGUCCUGGGUACUAACCCUGCAAUGGAAUGACGUAGUGACAGCAACAUCCCCGCCUGUGGCUGCACAAGGCAGGACUGAGCUCCCGACAGCCGGACACCGCUGGCUCCGCUGCCGAUUGUCGCCUCCCGGUCCCGGCAGCGCCCGCCCCCGCCCGGCCCCACGCGCGCAGGUGCCCGGAGCGUUCCCGGUGGGAGGCGCCGAGCAGGCAGGAGCAGGCAGGGAGCAGGCAGGGAGCAGGGAGGAAGCAGGCAGGAGCAGCCCCGCGUGUCCGAGCCCCCGUGGGGAACGCUGCCGCGGGGAUCGCUCCAGCGGGCGGCGAUCGGGCGCCGGGGGAGCCGCGUCCCGCAGCGGAGCGGCCGCCUCGCCUGCCCGUGCUGCUCCGGGCCAUGGCGGCGGGGGCGGGCCGGGGCGGGGCGGAGCGCUGACAGGCAGCCCGGCCCGGGGAGCCGCGGUAAACAGGAGCCGGGGGAGCGCCGGGGGAGACCGGCCUCGUAGGAGCCUCCCAGCCCCGCGGCCCGCCGCCUCCCGGCCCCGGGCAUGGGCAGCAGCAGCCGCCGCAGCCGGAGGAGGAGCCGCCGGCCCGGGCCGUGUGCGGGGCACCACCAAGUUGCAAGGCCUUACAAUGGCACGGAAUGAGCCCUCCCUUCAAGCCUCCUUCCUGUAAAUGAUAGGACCAAACAAGGCGGUGUGAUGAACAUGCCACUGCAUCAAAUCUCUGUCAUUCCAGCUCAGGAUGUUACCUCUUCCAGAGUCUCCAGGAGCAAGACCAAAGAAAAAGAG